GUGCAGAUCAGUGAGUAAACACUGACAAGGGAGCUCAGUCUUGAUUUGGAUCAGUUCCCAGCAUCUUUCUUGUAUGAGGAAGUGAAAGGGUUUGUUAUUCACUGUCUCUGAGAGGUGAAAUGGCGCAGCGAGGAAUUCAGAUGGACGAGGAAAAACUCUGCUGUUCGAACUGUUUGGAUCUACUGAAGGAUCCGGUGACUAUUUCCUGUGGUCACAACUACUGUAUGAGCUGUAUUAAAAGCCACUGGGAUGAAGAGGAUCAGAAAGAAAUCUACAGCUGUCCUCAGUGCAGACAGACCUUUGGACCGAGGCCUGCUCUGGUGAGAAACACCAUGUUGGCAGAUUUAGUGGAGGAACUGAAGAAGACAGGACACCAAGCUGCUCCUGAUGAUCACUGCUAUGCCGGACCUGGAGAUGUGGCCUGUGAUUUCUGCACUGGGAGAAAGCUGAAAGCUCUCAAGUCCUGUUUGCAGUGUCUGGUCUCUUACUGUGAGCAGCACCUCCAGCCUCACUAUGAAGUCGUUCCAUUAAAGAAACACAAGCUGGUCGACCCCUCCAAGAAGCUUCGGGAGAACACCUGCACUCGUCACAAUGAGGUGAUGAAGAUUUUCUGCCGCACUGAUCAGCAGUGUAUCUGUAUUCUCUGCUCCAUGGAUGAACAUAAAGGCCACGACACAGUUUCAGCUGCAGCAGAAAUGACUGAGAAGCAGAAAGAGCUCGGGGUGAGUCGGCAAAAGAUCCAGCAGAGAAUCCAGAAGAGAGAGAAAGAUGUGAAGGUGCUCCAGCAGGAGGUGGAGACUAUCAAUCACUCUGCUGAUAAAGCGGUGAGGGACAGCAAUAAGAUCUUCACAGAUGCGAAGCAGCAGAUCAGAUCUCGUCAGAAAGCUGAAGUGACUCACGUCAACGAGCUUCAGGAGAAGCUGCAGAAGGAGAUCGCCGAUCUCAGCUGGAAAGACGCUGAGUUGGAGCAGCUGUCACACACAGAGGACCACACCCAGUUUCUACAGAACUACCCGUCGUUGUCAUGUCUUAAUGAAGCUACAGACUCAUCCAGCAUCAAUAUCUGCCCUCUGUGGUACACUGCGGAUGUGACUGCAGCUGUGUCAGAGGCCAAAGAUAAACUACAGGACAUUCUGAGUGAGGAAUUGACCAAGAUCUCACUGACAGAGACUGAAGAUGUGUUACUACCACAACCAGAGCCCAAGACCAGAGAUGAAUUCCUCAAAUAUUCAUGUCAAAUCACACUGGAUCUAAACACAGCACACAAACAUGUGGUGAAUUCAAGUAGCCGAGAGACCGCAAAAUACGGUUAUAACAAAUAUGACCAUUAUAAUAACCCAGACAGCUUCACUGACUGGUCUCAGGUUUUGUGUAGACAAAGUCUUACUGGACGUUGUUACUGGGAGGUGGAGUGGAAAGGGUGCAAGCUUUUUGUAGCAGUCGCAUACAAGAAUAUUAGCAGAGCAGGAAGAGAAAGUGCAUUUGGAAACAAUGUCAAGUCUUGGGCAUUAGAGUGUUUCGACGAUGGUUAUUAUGAAUUCAGACAUAACAACAUCACAACUCCCAUCUCUGGUCCUCAGUCCACCAGAUUAGGAGUGUACCUGGACCACAGUGCAGGUAUUCUGUCCUUCUACAGCGUCUCUGAAACCAUGACUCUCCUCCACAGAGUCCAGACCACAUUCACUCAGCCACUCUCUCCUGGAUUUGGUGUGCAUGUUUAUGGAGCCUCUGCUAAAAUCUGUAACACUUAAACACAAAAGACUGAAAUCCAGAGAGACAGGACACCACACACGACAACUCGUUUAGAGUUUCUGUAUGUGGCGCUCUGUCUCUUUUCAGCCAUGGUGGUUAUCACUGCUCAUGAUUGUUUUGGUUAUUAUUCUUUAAAGCAACAUAUUUGUAUACUAAGUAACCAAUUGCAAAAAAAAAUCUUUAAUCAAUUUAAGAUCUUUAAAAAAAGUAAAAAAAUAAAUAAUGUGAAAAUUGUGUGAGAGAUAAUGAUAAA